AUGCAGGACAAAGCUGCACUGGCUUUCAUCGACCAACCGUCCGAUCUAGUUCCGGGCGUGUAUGAAGGCGGACUGAAGACUUGGGAAUGCAGUUUGGACUUGGUCGAUUAUCUCGAUCGGAGCAAGAAGACCGACGCCUUCGUCGCUCGGGGCAAAAGGAUUUUGGAGAUUGGUUGUGGGACAGCGAUUCCCUCGAUACACAUUCUCAACGAACUUUUCUCAUCCCCUGUCCACUCAAAAGAGACUGAGAUUCACCUCCAGGACUACAACGCGUCAGCGUUGGAACUCGUUACAUUUCCAAAUAUCUUACUGGCGUGGUGUUGGUGGUUUCUCUUUCAUUCCUCCCAUCGAGACUUAACAUUCCUUCAACAAGACAUGUCUCCAGCAUCUGAAACAUUUCGUAACGCUCAGAUCUCUAACAACGAAGAUGAGAGGGAUGACAACGUUUUCCCUGCCCCUGAUCCUGCUGUCGCUGCCAAUAUACCCAUCACAGACGAAGUAAAAGCAGCAUUCGAAAUAUCUCUUCUUGAACACCGCAUUUCCUUGCGGAUUUUCUCUGGGUCAUGGUCAACGUUCGAUGUUAACAAGGCGGGUGGCAAGUACGAUAUGGUUCUCACCUCCGAAACCGUAUACCGGAUGGAGAGUGUCCCUUCGCUAAUUAAGCUGAUAUAUCAUGCCUGCGAAGGGGCCAGUCAAUGCGGUUUGGACUCGCGAAGGAGCUUGCACCCUCCGCCAUACUUAUGCCUCAUCGCGGCAAAAGUAUUUUACUUUGGUGUUGGUGGUGGUGUCACCGAAUUUAUUCAAGCGGUCCAUCUUGCGGGAAAAUGUGAUAACAUGACACCAAAGAUUGAGACGGUUUGGGCAAAAAAUGUCGGGGUUGGGAGAAAGAUUCUUCGACUUUACUGGGAAUGA